GUGGGUGAUGGUCGUCGAUGUUCCGUCUCGUUCCCACUCCUGGGGGAGUCUCGGAGGACCUCACUCUUUUCAAACGUUUUGUAUAUCGACACUGAACAGCCUGUUGGUCGAUUUUAUUUCCUUAUUUUGUUCAAAAGCCACUGUAAUCCCCGUAUAGGCACCCCGCGUCUUGCCGGUUUCCAUGGCAACAGGUGGUGGUUGGAGCCAACGGCCCAGGCAGUGCACCGCAGUUAGUUUUGGAUAUAAAUGGAAUUCGAGUCUGUCCUCCAGGACCAUACAUUUAGGUCGAGCUAAAGGCUGUAAAUUGAGAUCUGCAAAUCUGAUCACCAUUGAGAGCUUACCAUGGGAAGUUCUACUGCAAAUCUUUUCCUACUUGGAUAUAUCAUCCUUGUUGUGUGCAGGCUGUGUCAGCAAGUCCUUCUACCAGGUAGCUAAUGACAAUUUAAUUUGGCAUAGAAUCUACUGCAGGUAUUUCACAUAUAAGCGAAAGGCCUGGAAGCCCAAGGGUGUAGACAUAGCUACUGAGAAACUAAGCAGAAUUUCAAUACACGACUAUCCCACAGGAUUCUGGAAAAAAGAGUACAUAUGCAAAUAUGCAGGCCUGGGCACAAGAGGAGUGGGGCAGUUAUUGAAACCCAUCAAUCGUUUUACAGGAUUGCCAUCAAAAUACAAAGAAGCUGUGAAGGCUCUUGGAAUUACUUGGAUAAUAGUUCUCAGAGAAAAGAAUGGGAAAGAACAUGUGAAGGAGCAAAGUAAGGCCUACUUCAAUGAAACAUCUACUACUUUAUGCUGGAACAGUACAGUUUGGCCUUCUCUUUCUAGUCUGAAAGCACUCUGUGUAUAUGGAGUUACACCAUUGUUUUGUCCGAGUAAAACUCCUGCAAUAAAUGGACCUCGCCGGCGAUCCCUACUUGCGGAGUAUAGUCUGACAAAUCUGGAAGAAUUGAGUACGUGUGUAGGUGGAGACCAGCUUAUCAAGCUGCAGUGCUUAUACCCUGGCAUGUUGUUGGGAUGUUGGCAAGAAGAUGGAGAAUUGGCUGUUAUCAUUGCAAACCUUCACUUCCAUCAGCUCAUUGAGAGGAGUACUUUAGGAUCAGUCACCUGCCAAUAUUCGUCACCACCUCAUGAGCCAAUGUUGGAUGAUAUUGAUCCAGAAUAUGGGUUGCAUGGCUACCAUUGCCACAUUGCCUUACAUAAUGGAAAAAGUUCUUUCAUGUCUGGUAGUUUCCAUAACAUCAUCUGUAGAAAAGAAUUCAUCCAGAAUGGCUUUUUGCGAAUAACAGUUAUCAGUUCAAAGAAAGAAUCACAGCACAGCACUAUCACUGGAAAUCUCUACUUACCUUGGAAUACAGAGUUCUUAAAAGGAAACAUCCAGCACUGUUGCUUAAUGGAUGUGACUAUUUUGGAUGAAGCAGAAAAACCAUUUUGGUGUCUAAGUUCGCCAGUAGCACUGCACUCAGUUAGUACAUCUACUAUAAGAUAUAACUACCUGGGCGAGAGACAGGCAAUUGAUUACAAGGAUCCUGAAGGAAAAGUUCAUAUAGAGCUAAUGUGGUUGGAAGAAGAAAAGCAAUAUUACAUUGUCAACCUUGUCCUUUAUUUUAGUGUUAAAAAAGUAAAUGCCUGGUUUGCAACAAAUUAUUAAUUGUCCAUAUGAAGCCCUAUGUGGCUGACUUUAGCAAACAUCUGUUCCGUGCACGUAAACUGACGUCCCAAUCUGACUGAGUCAUUAGGCUGAAUUUUGUGAAGACUUCCAAGAUUCAAAAUUAAGUGUAUCUUUACAAAACAAUUUCUGAUAUGGUCAUAAUCCAAGGUAACUGGAUUUCAACCUCAAACUCCUUUCUUUCUGAUGUUGGUUGCUUCUAUUUUAGAAUGAUUAUUAUUUGCUAAAGUCCUUCAGUAUUUUCCUGAUUACUCUAGACAACAAUCAUGUUUUCAGCCGGUAUAAGAACAGGAGAUUGCUGUGUGGCCUGUUCCGUUUGUAAUGUUUACGAUAAAGUGGUAUGAGAACAAUUUGCAAUGACUUUUAUAAGACCUGUUCAGCGAAGGGUGACUUGCUUGCAUCUUUGCUUAACUCUUGCCUUUUAAGAACUCCAACUUUGAAUAACUUUUGAGGUUCGAAGAUUCUGAAAAGAAACUCAAAUAAAAGCAAAGGAAAAUUAAAAAAAAAAAAAGGGCUUAGAGGAAUAAAUGGGUUAAACUGAAUUCAGAUACCUUACGAUAGUGUAGGAAAUCUGUAUCUUGGUUUAUGUUGUGGGAUAUAAUCUUUACCAUAUUUCCUUAAGCUGAACCUGCAUUACCAAUGCUCACAUUCUUUCAGUAGCUGAAACUUGUACCCAUUUAAUUUGAAAGAAGUGUAGAGCACUUCCUGACCUGCUUUGAUUCAAGAGACCUCAAUCAGCUCCAGCAGUUGAAAAGCUGGUGAGUAGCUUUGGUUCUAAUUAAGCUCGAGGAUGCUGAUGGAGAAUGGUCAAGUAGCUGAAGUGAGUCUUUUGGAACUCACUAAUGCAGCUGAUUUUUAAAUGUUAGACCAUUUUGGACUGUUGUUUUCUGUAGUAUUUUGAAAGGGUAAUUAUAACCAGUUGAUUCACUAUUGCGUCACUUCUUUGAAUGUUUUGUAGAAUUUUCAAAAUUAGUGUAGAUUUUCUUAAAACAUUCCAGCUUUUAAUGCCAAAAUAUUCUAAGUAGAAAAUGUGCAAUAAUAUUUCAGGGACCGUUGCACAGUUACCUAAUCAACUGGCUAAAAUUGCCAUUGUAAAAACCAUUUGUUCUAGCUGUCCAAAUCUGUUUAAUAUUUAGAAGCCAGCUCCCUUCCGGUUCUUGUCAACUUAUAAUUGAAGAGAAAGCAUAGUUGAUGAGGUGUUAAUUAAAUUCUUUUUGGAAUUCAAAUAUAUUCUUUGUCCUGUUGUGUUCUGUCUUUUUAUAGCAAGCUUCCUGUUCUGUUUGUUUUAACUGCAGUAAUAGCAGUUGGAUGGCAAAAGCUAGCUAUUUGGUUAUAAUCUCUGACAUCAUAAUUUUAGGCAUUCAUCGAGGUCAGUUUCAAGAAAUGUGGACAGCUCACUUUGUUUUUGUUUUUCUGAAAGCAGGCUGAUAUUGACAGUCUUAGAUUCUUGCAUCAGUAAUGCUGUAGAAGUCUUGCUCAGCUCCUUUUCACCAAAAGCACUGAAUGGAACAGUGCGAAUGCAUUUAAAAGCUAUAUCUUUGAUUUCAUGAAGACCAGUUAGCCACUUGUGUGAUGGUUUAAUUAUGCUUCUCCUUAUUGGUAUAAUAUUUGGGAAUGAUUAACCAAAAAAAAAUUAAGUUAAACAAGUACUACAAUAGAUUAAUCUUUGAAUAUAUUUUGCUGGUGCAUUCAUUUUCUGGAUAAAUAGGUAGUAUGUGACAAAAAUAGGUAGUAUGUGACAAAAAUAGUUUUGACAUUGAAGCUUCUCAAAUUUUAUUAAAAUUACUUUAUUUAAAAUUACACAAUUUAGAAGACUUCUCUUGCUUAUCAAAAAUUAGAAUUAUUAAAAACCUGGAGUUACUUGACGCCUCUCUGGUACCAAGUCUUGUUUGGCAGAUCAUUUGGAAUAUCUGCAUGGCGGCGUGAUUUGCAUGCUGGAAUUUUGUUCUGUUUGAUGCAUCUCCGAAUAAGGCCUGAAAGACUUCGUGGGGGAAGAAAAAUAUCCUUGACUUUAAUGUAAUAUUGAAUCACUUUAUUCCUUUUUUAAAAAAAUGUAGUGAAUAACAGCGAACUGUAGCCAGUUUUCCUAACUCUACCUAUUUAGUAUGUUAAUAGGUUUCUUUAAAAUAGGCAUAGAAAAUUGGCAAGUCCAUGCAUGAUAUUGAUAUUAGAUGGGAGUUUAUUUUCUCAAAAUGUGUAAUUUCCUAUGAACUUCAAUGGUAAUUAUUAUCAUUGAUGGCAUGGAGGAUUCCAUUGCUGCACAACUGUAUCUUGAUGUGAAUAUGGAGAUAUACCUGUUAAAGGUCUGGCAUUUACCACCUUGAAAAUUCUGGAUUUGGGUAGAGUUUGUUUUAAAAUGCAAAUGGCAAGAAUAAACCUCCCAAACCCCACUGGUAUCUGAGUUUGAGAGGCUGUUGUGUCUUCUCUUACUUUCUCCAUUCAAACCUUUUGUGGUGUUUUCAACGGCUCCUUUUGUAAAGUGGUUGAAAUUUUUGCAAAGAGGAAUAAAGUCAUAACAUCUGGCAACUCUUUCAGAAUCCAGUGUUACGCCAUGGCCUGGACUUCCCCACUCCUCAGAUUGCACUUCAGUCAUCUGUUGGACUGGUUUUCUGGUUAGUGAGCAUUGCUGAUCCACAUGGCUAACAGUGUGGAAGUUCCAACCUUUAGGAAUCCCUCUCCCACCUCCUUGAUAUUUCACUGGGUUUGGGGCUGGAGGAAUUUCCAUCUCCUAGAUGCCACACACAACCCCUGACCAAGUACAAAACCAUUAUAAAGCCUUCUGCUGACCUCUUGAGUUGGAUUUUCAAUUCCAUUGUCUUUAUUCACAUAUUGUUAAUAUAGAAGUAACAGGAAGAAAUGAUUGUUUUGUUAUAUAAUAUGUACAUGAGUUAUGGUUGCGUUCUGUAGUUUGUGAGGUAAUUGUUCUACUUCAUUAUCAUUUUGUUGUAUAUAACUUGUUUACAUGUUGAAUCAUGCAAGAAAUCUUGCGUUUUGCUUAUGCCUUGACAGAUACAGAGAAAGCUGUAAGUUUUAUAUAUGAAUGUAACUUUAAA